AUGAAAAAGCAUGGUGCUAAAAUUGCUUGGAGUUCCAUUGGUAAACCUAAGAAUGAGGGGGGCUUGGGGUUCAAGGAUAUGGGCGUUUGGAACAAGGCUUCUAUAGCCAAGCAUGUUUGGUUCCUUUUCUCGGGGGGUGAGGGAUCUAUGUGGUGCCAAUGGGUUAAGUCUUACUUACUCAAAGGCAGGAGUUUCUGGUACGUCAAAAUUCCUAGUGACCCUUCUUGGGUUUGGAGGAAGAUUUUGCAAUUGAGGAACAUUAUUUUCCCGCUCAUCAAGUUUAAGAUUGGUAGUGGAGAGAAAGUGUCUCUGUGGUUUGAUAAUUGGCAUCCUCUUGGUUCGUUGUGGAGUAGGUUUGGGCCUAGGAUUGUCUAUGACGCUGGUCUUGAUCUUAAUUCUAAAGUUAGCUCCAUCAUUUCUCAUGGUGCAUGGAGUUGGCCCUUCCCUAACUCCUGGGAAAUCAAGGAGUGGAUUGAUUCUACCCCUCCUUCCUUUAAACCGAUGGAUAGUUCUCAGGAUAGUCCUUUGUGGUGCCUUACGGGUGAUGGUGAUGGCAGUUUCUCUAUUCAGUUUACUUGGGACUGUUGGAGAGAUAAGGGUCGUAAAGUCCCUUGGAAUAAACUGCUUUGGGGGCCUCCUUUCAUCCCUAGAAAUAAGUGUAAUGUCAGGUGGCCUUACCUAACCUGGUUAGAGUAUGUCGAACUUGCUGUUAAAUCUACUAAGGGGAGGUCUCUAAAGCCUGUCAUUGUGAAGUUGUCCUUUAUGUGCACGGUGUAUCAUAUUUGGAUUGAGAGGAAUGGUGAUAGCUGGUACUUGUUGCAAUGGAACCUGCCUUCCACCAUUAUGAAGUUGGCCCCACAUUCAAAUGUUGGGAGAGACAUGAGAGAUGUGAGUGCACCAAUAUUGAGGGUUGAGUGA